CGGCAAGAAAAUCUAGAUAUCGUCCGGCAGCUCCCAGAGGCGUGUAGCCUCGCUGCUUGUCUCAAUUUGACGGCUCAACUUACGUGCAUUGCUAAUGCCAUUACCAAUGGUGAUCCGGCUGCUCUGCAGAAGUGUUUGACGACUUCUAUGAGUCAGCUCUGCUCAUGUGUCGCUUGUGUUCCAUCGAUUGAAAAUGUCCUUAUUGGACUCGGUAUCUGUCCAGCCUCAAAUAAUGGCAACGAUAGGCCCUAUUCUAUGUAA